CUCUCUCUCUCUCUCUUGGGGAUUUUGUAGAAACCAUAGGACGUUCAAGUUAGGGUUUUAGCCAUUGCAUUCUCCUCUCUCUCUCUCUCUCUCUCUGUAUCUAUAUCUGCUCAGAAACUACGUAGGAAAUUAGAAGCUGGGGAAGUGAUUUGGGUUAAAGAGAGAAGAAGAAUGACUUCAACAGGACAACCCCAAUCGUCUCUGAAGAGGCGUGAUUCCUCGACUGGAACAAGGGAAGGGGACCAGCUGAUUAUAACCCCUUUAGGCGCUGGCAGUGAAGUGGGUCGCUCCUGCGUCUACAUGUCCUACAAAGGCAAAAUAGUUCUGUUUGACUGUGGAAUUCAUCCUGCUUACUCGGGGAUGGCUGCUUUGCCAUACUUUGACGAAAUUGAUCCUGCUACCAUUGAUGUGCUUCUUGUUACACACUUUCAUUUGGAUCAUGCUGCUUCCCUUCCUUACUUUUUGGAGAAGACAACAUUCAAAGGGAGAGUGUUUAUGACCCAUGCAACAAAGGCUAUCUAUAAGUUGAUGUUGUCUGACUAUGUGAAAGUGAGCAAAGUUUCGGUUGAAGAUAUGUUGUAUGAUGAACAAGACAUUCUUCGCUCUAUGGACAAAAUUGAGGUUAUUGACUUUCAUCAGACCUUAGAAGUUAACGGGAUCCGUUUCUGGUGUUACACUGCUGGCCACGUGCUUGGUGCUGCCAUGUUUAUGGUAGACAUUGCAGGUGUCAGAGUCCUCUACACCGGAGACUACUCACGCGAAGAGGAUCGUCAUCUCCGUGCUGCCGAACUUCCGCAAUUUUCACCUGACAUUUGCAUCAUUGAAUCCACCUACGGCGUUCAGCUCCACCAACCACGACACAUCAGAGAGAAGCGAUUCUCCGAUGUUAUCCACUCCACCGUUUCCCAAGGUGGUCGAGUCCUAAUUCCCGCAUUUGCUCUCGGCCGUGCCCAAGAACUUCUUUUGAUCCUCGAUGAGUAUUGGUCAAACCAUCCAGAGCUCCACAACAUUCCUAUCUAUUAUGCCUCCCCACUGGCGAAAAGAUGCAUGGCGGUUUACCAGACCUACAUAAAUUCCAUGAACGAGAGGAUCAGGAACCAAUUUGCCAACUCAAACCCGUUUGAUUUCAAGCACAUAUCGCCUUUGAAGAGUAUCGAGAAUUUUAAUGACGUUGGACCGUCGGUGGUGAUGGCGAGUCCGGGUGGGCUCCAAAGUGGGCUAUCUCGACAGCUAUUUGAUAAGUGGUGUGCGGAUAAGAAAAAUGCUUGUGUUAUUCCUGGAUAUGUUGUGGAGGGAACAUUAGCCAAAACCAUCAUCAAUGAACCCAAAGAAGUUACCCUAAUGAACGGUCUGACAGCUCCUCUUAAUAUGCAGGUUCACUACAUCUCCUUCUCAGCUCAUGCGGAUUACGCUCAGACGAGUGCAUUCCUGAAAGAACUCAUGCCGCCUAACAUAAUUCUUGUUCAUGGAGAAGCGAAUGAGAUGGGGAGGCUAAAGCAGAAGCUUAUUACCUUAUUUGCCGACGGAAACACAAAAAUUAUUUCCCCUAAGAACUGCCAGUCUGUUGAAAUGUACUUCAACUCAGAGAAAAUGGCGAAGACGAUUGGAAAACUUGCAGAAAAGGUCCCAGAAAUUGGUGAAUCGGUCAGCGGCUUAUUGGUGAAGAAGGGUUUCACUUAUCAGAUCAUGGCGCCAGAUGAUCUCCACGUCUUCUCUCAGCUAUCCACCGCGAACAUCAUUCAGAGGAUGACCAUCCCUUACUCUGGUGCCUUUGGUGUGAUCAAAUACAGACUUCAGCAGAUAUACGAGAGUGUAGAGUCUUCAACGGAUGAGGAGUCUGGGGUUUUGACUUUGCGAGUUCACGAUAGAGUUACGGUGAAGCAGGAAUCGGAUAAGCAUAUCUCCGUGCAUUGGAAUGCAGACCCCAUUAGCGACAUGGUGUCUGACUCGAUUGUGGCUUUGGUCUUGAAUGUGAGCCGGGAGAUGCCUAAAAUAGUUGAAGAGCCGGAACCUGGGAUAAACGAGGAAGAAAACAAGAAGAAGGUUGAAAAGAUAUCCCAUGCUUUGCUUGUUUCCCUUUUUGGAGACGUGAAGCAGGGAGAGAAUGGUAAAUUGCUGAUAAGAGUAGAUGGAAACGUGGCGCAUCUUGAUAAACAGAGUGGGGAUGUCGAGAGCGAAAACGAAGGUCUUAGGGAAAGAGUGAGGACGGCGUUUCGGAGAAUCCAAAGUGCUGUGAAGCCAAUCCCCAUUUCUGCUGCUUCUUAGUUUGAGUUUUGUAGGAGCUAAUUAUGCUAACUAUUUGUAAUGGGUAUUUAGAAUCAUUUCCUUUUCCUCUUUGACUUUGAGCAAUGGGAUCUCUAUGCGUAAUGGGUAUCACCACUUCGUUAUGAGUCUUCAAUGAUGUUAUAAGCAACUCUUGACAGGUGCCCACUCUGAGAAAGCAGGUUUUAUUCAAGGACAUCUCAUAUAGUGCUCUACUUUGUGUGCA